AUGUCAAGCGGACGUUCGAGUACCUCUACUCGAACAUCAUCAGUGACACGUCCAAUGCCAUCAGUACAUAAUACUCCAAAUGUUACAACGCUUGGAAGAGCAAUUCAAGCAGGUAGUAUGAAUAUAGGGCCAACUAAUACUACUGUACGAUCAAGACCAAUAAGCGGUAUAAGACAAGCAUCAGUGGAUAGAUCACAUAUUUCUACACGAAACAUUCCAACUACAACAUUAUCUUCAAGUCAAAGAAGAAUUUCAAAUGAUUCAACAAGAUCUAGAUUAUCUAAUCAAAAUCAAUUUGCUGCUGCAACAGAUCAACGCAGUACAAUCAGUGAUUAUUCUGAACGACGUACAUCGAACGCGUCGAAUUCUUCAACAUUAGCUAGCAAUUCAAAUGAUGAUGCAUCCUCAUCCAAUGCCAAAGUUUCUUCCAUUGAUCGACAAAAUAGUCAUUCGCCUUCUCCAAUUGAUUCAAAAUUAAAAUCUGGUGGUUUAACUGGCCUACAAAAUCUUGGCAAUACUUGUUUUAUGAAUUCUGUACUGCAAUGUUUAUCAAAUACGAAACCACUUUUAUUAUUUUGUUUGCAAGAAAAUCUUGCAGAUUGUUUGAAUACAUCAUCAACAAGUGUUAUGAGAGGUAUUCUAAUGCGAGAAUACGCAAAUCUAAUUCGAAAAAUGUGGACUUCAUCUGAAAAUCAUUCUGUUGCAAGUCCAUCAGCAUUUAAAAAUACAGUUGGACGAUUUGCACCACGUUUCCUUGGCUAUGCACAACAAGAUUCUCAAGAAUUUUUAAGAUAUCUUUUACAAGGACUCAAUGAAGAUGUUAGUCGUGUUCAACGAAAACCAUCACCGAUGAAAAUUGAUGAAAAAGCUGAAGAACGAAUGAAAGAAAAAGAUCGUGCAAAAUUCAGUUGGGAACGUUGUUUACUCUUUGAUAAUAGUCGCAUUGUUGAUAUAUUUGCUGGACAAUUAAAAAGUACACUGGAAUGUUCUCAUUGUCAAUAUCAAUCAAUAACAUUUGAUAUGUUUUGGGAUUUAUCUAUUCCGUUACCAAGAAGUAAAUCAUCAAGUAGUGUACAAGAAUGUAUACAAUUAUUUAUGAGUAAAGAAGAAUUAGAUGGAGACGAAAAACCAAUGUGUGCUAAAUGUAAACAAAAACGACGAUGUACAAAAAAAUUUUCUAUACAAAAAUGUCCGCAAAUUCUCGUACUACAUUUAAAACGUUUUUCACAAGCUCGAGGUCGAACAAAAUUAAAUACUUAUGUAGAUUUUCCAGUAAAUAAUCUUAAACUUAACGAUUUAAUGGAUGUUAUGUCUGAAAGUUAUGAAGGACCAGCUCCGACUUAUAAUUUAUUUGGUAUCUCAAAUCACAGUGGCACAGCAUAUUCUGGUCAUUAUAUAGCUCAAUGUAAACAUCCAUUUACAAAUCAAUGGCAUGAAUUUAAUGAUUCAUCUGUUCAUUCAUUAAAUGAAAAACAACAAAUAAUAUCUUCAAAUGCAUAUGUGUUAUUUUAUGAGCGAAAUAAUUGA